AUGGUGCCCGCGGCUCUCGGGGCGCUCCUGGCCCUGCUGCCGCUGGCCGCGGCCCUACCGAGCCCAGCAGGUGCCCGGCCCGGGGGCGGGACCCCGGAGCCCUCGGAGCCCGCCCUGCGCCGCCUCUCCCAUCACCUCCUGGCGCACUACCAGAAGGGCACCCGGCCCGUGCGGGACUGGCGAACGACCACCAACGUGGCCAUCGACCUCAUGGUCUACGCCAUCCUCAGCGUGGAUGAGAAGGACCAGGUGCUGACCACCUACAUCUGGUACAGGCAGCACUGGAUAGAUGAGUUCCUCAAGUGGGACCCAGCUCACUUCGACAACCUGACGCAGAUCUCCCUCCCUGUGGAGAGCAUCUGGGUGCCCGACAUCCUCAUCAAUGAGUUUGUGGAUGUUGGGAAGUCCCCACACGUCCCCUACGUUUACGUCAGCCAUCACGGGGAGGUGCAGAACCUCAAACCCAUCCAGGUGAUGACUGCCUGCAGCCUGGACAUCUACAACUUCCCCUUCGACGUGCAGAACUGCUCUCUGACCUUCACCAGCUGGCUGCACCACAUUCGUGACAUCAACCUCUCGCUGUGGCGGCAGCCGGAGCUCGUCAAGUUCGACCAAAGUGUCUUCAUGAACCAGGGCGAGUGGGAGCUGCUCUACGUGCUCAGCCACUUCCAGGAGUUCAGUGUCAAGAGCAGUGACAGCUAUGCUGAGAUGAAGUUCUAUGUAGUGAUCCGGAGACGCCCCCUCUUCUACACCGUCAGCCUGCUGCUCCCCAGCAUCUUCCUGAUGGUUAUGGACAUUGUGGGCUUCUACCUUCCUCCCCACAGUGGGGAGAGGGUAUCUUUCAAGAUCACUCUCCUGCUGGGCUACUCGGUUUUCCUCAUUAUUGUAUCCGACACAUUGCCAGCCACAGCCGUCGGCACCCCGUUGAUAGGCAUCUACUUUGUGGUGUGCAUGGCACUGCUCGUCAUCAGCCUGACAGAGACCAUCCUGAUUGUGUGCCUGGUGCACAAGCAAGACCUGCAGCCCCACGUCCCUGAGUGGCUGAAACACCUGCUGCUGGAAAGAGCCACCAUCCUGCUCUGUAUCCGGGACAGGAAGAAUUUCAGCCAAAGCAGGAUGCAAACCUUGGACACGUCCAGGCAGGUGGAGAACAAUGACAGCACAGCCAAGCCGACCCCCUAUGCCUGUGAGGACCCCCGGGAGUGCGGGGCAGUGGGGGGCACGAGGCCUGCACUGGCCUUUGCUGGCCGGCCGGAGGGCUCAGCAGCACUGCAGGAGGUCCUGCGUGAGACCACGGCAAUCCGCCAGCUCCUGGAAAAACGGGAGGAAUUCCGCGACCUCGCCCGGGAGUGGCUGCAAGUGGGCUACGUGUUGGAUGUGCUGCUGUUCCGGGUGUACUUGGCAGCCGUCCUGGCUUACAGCAUCACACUGGGCACCCUCUGGUCGGUGUGGAGGGAUGCCUGA